GUGGGGGGACUGUGUGAGGGGAGAUUGAGGGAGGGGGGAGACUCAACUACAUCGCACUUCAGCGCUCUCUCAUUGCAUCUGCUUUCAUCUCUUCGUCAUCACAACCAUUAUCAGCAGCAGCUCGUAUCUCUCGAUCAUCACAAUCAGCAUCUUCACAAUCAGCAGCAUCAUCAGCAGCAGCAGCGUCCGUGCUGCUCUCCGCCCCGCGUGGAGUGGCCUGCGAGUUGGCGUGGUGGUUGUGAAGUUGCGAGUUCACAGAGGAGCACCCUCCAUCACCACCAUCACCACCAACCUCAUCACCAGCCUCAUCAUCACCACAGCGGCCCCAGCAACGGGCUUUUUCGGGAUAUUGCAUUGGGCGCGGCGCGAAGAUCUGGCGGCCGCUGCUGCUGAUCGAUAGGGAGCAGGAGGGGAAGCAAGGUGGAAGCAGAGAACAAGCAAGGAAGGAGCAGAGAAGGAGCAAGGGAGGAGCAGAAGUGGAGCAAGGAAGGAGCAGAGAAGGAGCAAGGGAGGAGCAUAAACGGAGCAAGGGAGAAACAGAGGAGCAAGAGAAGCAAGGGAGGAGCAAGAGAAGCAAAGGAGGAGCAGGAAAGGAGCAACGAUAGAGGAAAGUGAAACGAGCUAGGAGGGCUCCAAAAGGAGGUGGGGAGGCAGGGAAAGCAGAGAGGAAGCACGCAGGGGAGCAGGGCAAGUACCAUGCGGGCCGGGAGGAGAGGGGGGGGUCCCUCUGGUGGGGUCUGGGCCCCACGUCUCGUCGGGGUCUGUUUACUCCUCGCCAGCCUCACCUCAUCGCAGAGUCCCAACGGGGUCACGGCACCACUAACGGACUGCUCCGAGGGUUACCUGUGGAACGCCGAUCGGCAGCAGUGUCUGGACGUGAACGAGUGCGAGAUCAUCCCGGACGCGUGCAAGGGUCAACUGAAGUGCAUUAACCACUUCGGGGGUUACCUCUGCCUGCCCCGCUCGGCGCUCGUCAUCCGCACCCCCUCGGGCGAGACCCACGGCGGCGGUGGGAGCGGUGCCCCCCAGCCCGUCGGGGAGAGGCCCCCGGGGGGCCACGCGGCCCCCCCGCCCAGGAGGGCGGUGUCGGAGGCGGGGGACGCGGCCGAGGACGUGAUGAGUCCCUGCGCUCCAGGACACGACCUGCAGGAUGGCGUGUGCGUGGACGUGGAUGAGUGUCUGGGGGGCGAGCCGCUGUGUCCCCCAUCCAAGACGUGCGCCAACACCCCGGGCAGCUACACGUGCCAGUGCCACAGCGGCUACCAAGAGAGCUACGGAGGCGUCUGCGUCGACAUCAACGAGUGUCUGUACGGGCACUGCCAGCAGCGCUGCGUCAACUCGCCGGGGUCGUACCGCUGCCAGUGCUCGGCGGGCUUCAUCCUGGCGGACAACAACCACUCGUGCCAGGACGUGGACGAGUGUGCGGGCGAGCAGCAGCCGUGCGCCCAGCUGUGCACCAACUCGCACGGCAGCUUCCAGUGCCGCUGCGAGGCGGGGUACUCGCUGGCUCGCGACCGCCGGGCCUGCACCGAUGUGGACGAGUGUCGCCACUCCACCUCGCUGUGCCACUUCCGGUGCCACAACACGGACGGCAGCUUCCACUGCAGCUGCCCCGAGGGCUUCUCCAUGCACAGCAACAACCGCAGCUGCCUGGACGUGAACGAGUGUGAGGGGCAGUCUGGGGGGGGCGCUUGCCGCGACUCCCAGCGCUGCUACAACCUCCCCGGCGGCCACCGCUGCAUCGACGCGCUCGUGUGUCGCGAGCCCUACACGCAGUCCGCAGACGACCUGUGCGUGUGCCCCAGCGAGCUGCCCGCGUGCACAGACCUGCCCUACUCGGUACGCUACAAGUUCAUGGACAUCGCGGGCGGGCGCCGCGUCCCUGCAGACAUCUUCUACCUGCAGUCGCGCGUCCACUACCAGGGCGCCUACAACUCAUUCCAGAUCCGCGCCGGCAACGAGGCCAAGGAAUUCGUGCUCAGGCAACUGAACGAGCACACGGCGAUGCUGGCGCUGAUCCGGGCGGUGCGAGGGCCUCGCGACAUCCCCCUGGAGCUGGAGGUGGUCACCGUGCACCCUCUGCUGGGCCUGCACACCUCCUCACUGCUGCGCCUGCACAUCUUCGUGACGAGCCAGCCGUUCGGCAACCGCUGAGUCCCAACGUCGUCAUCGUGACCCCUCCCCACUAACCCCCCCCUACUAACCCCCCCCCCCACUAACCCUCUCUCACUAACCCUC